UCCAGUUACCACAAAAGUUACAUAUUCUCUCAUUUAGACCGUUCGAUCGCUUUCCACGUCAGCAAUCCGCAUGAAUCCUCUUUUCAACGGCUGAGAUCACAGUUGCAGAAGCUACUGAUGAAGUUGAUGGAAGAAGAGAGGGAAUUUGAAGAGGAAAAGGAAAUUAACGUUAUGAAAAAGGAAGAAGCGGACGGUGAAGAUGAAAGUGAAGUAGAAGGCGGCGAAGAGGACGACGAUGAAGAUGACAACGGUGAAGAUGACGACGACGAUGAAGACGGAGAAGAAGAGGAUGAUGAUGAUGAUGAUGAUGAAGUGCAGGUUAUUCCCUCUUCCGAUGGUCCUCCGGUGCAGUCAGUCGAUGACGACGAGGAUGAUGAAGACGACGAGGACGACGGUGAAGGCGACGGCGAAGAUGGUGACGAUGACGACGACGACGACGACAGCGAUGACGAUGAGGAAGAAGAAGAGGAGGAGGAUAUGGGAACAGAAUACCUUGUACGGCCUGUAGGUCCUGCUGAAGAUAAGGAAGAUGCUAGUGAUUUCGAACCAGAAGAAAAUGGUGAGGAAGAGGAUGAAAAUGAAGAUGAAGAUGAGGAUGGUGGAAAGAUGGAAGCCCCACCUAAGAGAAAGAGGUCGGACAAAGAUGAUUCUGAUUGUGAUGAUGAUGAUGGAGGAGAGGAUGAUGAGAGACCCGCCAAGCGAUAAAACUGUCCCCUUGGAUUUAGGACAAAUCAGUGACCCAUUGCCAUAUAGGUUAAUCUUUCUCUCUCAAAAGCCAUCUCUCUUUCUUCCUGUAAAGAAUGAUAGUAUCAUCAUGGUUCAGUUUUAUUAGGGUUUACAUGUUCAAUCUGGUAAUCAUAGAAACAGUUGGUUUAGAAUUUGUGUAAUUUUAUGAUGUUAGAUUCAAUUGUAGACUUUGAGAAUUCCCCACAUUUUCAAGAUGAUAACAUGCUUUUUUCUGGUCAGGUUUCUUAAAAAUUUUCAU